GUCAGUAGGCCAAACAUUUCCUGGGCUUGCUUUAUAAAUACUUCAGCAGUCCCGCCCUAGUGAUUCGGCAGCAGCCUGGGGGUAAAGUGAAAGCGAAAAUGAGACUGAAGUACAGAGCAGGAAGAGGCUGUGCAGGGGGCACCUUUCCAAAUCCAGCAGCUCCACUAUGAAUUACAGGACAUGUUUAAUAGCUGGCUGUUUUCUGUGCAUUGGAAUUGCAAGGAAUUUGAAUGGAAUUGCUACAGCAGGUUCAAGUUUCAGGAAAAGCAGGCAGCUUUCCUGCGUGUUCGAGACGAGCAAAAUCAUCCCUCUGUCAAAAGAGAUCGAGACUAUUAGGCUGAAUGUCAGGCUCCUGCUGAGUGGAACUGAAUCAAAAGAGGCACAGAGAUCUCACUCAGAAAAUCUACAAGAGAAUAUCCCCUCAUUUUUUGUAGAAGAGUCCUCAGUGGAUAUUCUUCAGCAUGCAAAUGAGGAUAUCAAUGCACUCAACUGUAGGAUCAGCACAUACUUUACAGCUAACACUCAGAUCAUCUGGCCUGGGAAAGAAAUCAGAGCCAGCAGUUUGGACUCUUGGUUCAUCUGCACCAUAAAACACACAGCUGAAAAAUUCGCAACUACAGCCUUUCUUGUGCAAACCCGCCAAGAAAAUGAGAACCACAAUCAAGGACAGCUUUCUCAGGGAAUUGCAGAGCAAUCGCAUGUUUCAGCUGUGUUCCUGGUGCACACAAGACCACUUGUAGUCAAGUCAGCCUUGUCUAAGGAUGUCUUAUUUGAUUGUGCCUUCUCCAUCGACCACCAAGCAGAUGUGACCAUCCAAUGGCUAUUUCGUCGGAAAGGGGGGCACAAGAAACUCAUAUUCACUUACAGUGGAUCCAGCAAGCAGGUGGAACACACAACUGACCGAGCUGAGAUGUUCCUAGAGGAAAUCUCCAAGGGAAAUGCUUCUCUGUUACUCAGAAACGUGGGAAUGAGAGAUGAAGGAACAUACUCUUGCUCAGUGUCAGUGUCUUCUCUUACUGGGGAACAGACAAUCCAGCUACAAAUAGAAGAAAAACCCACAGUGAUCGUCAAUGUUGACUCCCUGUCCCUGGUGGAAGGAGAGCAGCACAAGCUGGUCUGCGAUAUCAGAAACUAUUACCCGCUUGACGCCCAGGCUCAGUGGCUCCGAGAGCUGAAGGGGUCCAGGAAGGUCCCUGAUGUGGUGAAGAACGUUCUCUCGAGCAGCCACAGACAGAGCAGCAACGGGACAUACAGCUUCUCCCGAUACUUCCUGCUCACGGCCUCCCUGGAGGACAACGGGCACACGUACACGUGCCGGGUCGACCAUCAGAGUCUGCAGUCCCCCAUCAGGAGAAGCGUGAUUGUGAAAGUGAGAGAAGGUACCUCCAUCAUCUGGCUGCUUCUUCUCCUCCUUGGCCUCACUGUGUGCCUCACUGUGAUGCUAUGCUACCUUCACAAAGUGAGGAGCACUGCUAAGCCCAAGCCUUAUUAGCCUGCAGGACCUUUAGUUCCAGACAGGAAAAAGAAAUCCAGGACGGAUAGUGGAAAGAAGUGACUUCAUCUUGGACUAGAUUCACUUUGUUUCAGCCAGAGAUGGGAUUUGGCCAAACGCAGAUUCUGAUUCAGUGCUGUCUCAUAAUCUUCUUCUGGGCAAGCGGAGAAUCUGGAUUUGGUAAAACAUCCUGCAGGUUUCGCAGCUGGGAAUAACGACACAAAGUUUCAGAGGAAUGCACAGCUGGACCCAGUGGAUUCUGCAUGCAGGUUUUAGAUUAGAUGAACUGUGUUGGUUUACACUGCUUUUUUAAAUGAGGCAGCAGAUGCUUUGGGGGUAUUUUGCACAUACUCAUUUCUUGUUUCUACACAGUGACAGGUUUCAGCAGUAUAAUCAGAGCUAACAUCACUUUGUCUACGCUGGUAUAGUUAAGGCUGUAUAAUGCAUGUAGACAAAACCAUCAGGGAGUCUGGCCUGCAAUCAUGGAGUGCCCUAUUGCCCUGCCCUAUACUUCAGGUAGUCACUUCUGCCAGCGUGCACUGGCUAUUCCAGCUUUUACUGGCGAGCUUUUUCGUGUGUGCAUCAUGCUGGUGAAGCUGUGUGACCCGCAGCACGGUUCAGUGACCAGGGUGGCAUUUUUUUAAAUGACAGGUGGUGCACAACCAUCGUCUUUCUAAACAUCCUAGAUUUAAAUGCCACAAAAUCAGGUACCACGGCAGCCAGUUUGUUACGCAGAGCACGCCCAGGUAGCAUCCCACCAGCUGCAGCACGGAGAGCAACCAGAGCCUCCCUGGUUCAGGCCCCGGAUGGUUUAGGGUCUAGACACCUAGAAAUUUGCCUCUUGCUGCAAGCCACCGAAUGGCCACCACUGAAAUCGGCUGAGGACGAGAGAUUUUGAGGGGCGAAGAUGGGGGUUGGACUGCGUUUGGCUGUUUGGUUGCUCUUGCAGUAGAGUGGAGUUGACGCUCAGAAGCGAUGAGAGACUUUUAUCAUUUUGUACCAAAGUAAAUAAGAUGUGCGUGUUGGUUUCUUUAACUUUUGUCACAGGCAAAGUGGGGAGCUGUAAGAAUAAUUUUUACAAUAAAGAUUCAUUAAGAGGAA